AUGCCAGUUCACAUCUGCGAAAUGGCAUUUCUAACUACGAACACGCUGCUCUAUGCUUUGGCGUUCCCUGCGUUCCUCUACGCUCUUCUCGUUAUCGUCCCCCGUCAUGUCCAGCAAUCCAGCUUGUUGCUACGCGAUGCUCACCGUAUCCUCGAUCCUCCUCAUUCGACUGCUGCAGACCGCCUCCGUGCGCGUGCGCUCCCCAACGCUCGUCUGGAACGCGCCUUCUCCCUAUCGAAUACUUUCGUCCGACCCGACGCCGCCACCCACGACGACUUCGUGCGCACCGCGGGGCGCUUCCUCAGCCGCGCCAGGGACUGGGAAGCCCUCCGCGCCACCGCGGAUGUCGCGACGCAGGCUGCGCUGCGGAACACCGGCAACCUCGCCGCGUACGGGGAAUUCAUCCAAGAAGUGACGCUCCGCUGCGUGCUCGCUGGUCUGCUCGACAUCGGCACCUUAUCCGGCUCGGCGGAGGAGUCGGUGCUCAUUCAGCGCGUCGCGGCCCUCAUCACGGAACUGUGGGUGCGCUCGAAGCACGAGCGGAUGCGCGAUGAGAAGCGUUUAGACGAGCUGAACGUUGCACUGCGCGAGCUCGUGCCGGACGCGGAGGCGUUCCCGAACCCACUCGACUGGGUCAUACCGACCUGGGAGACCAUGUGGCGGGUUGUGGCUGUCGCUAUUGCGCAUGUCGUCGACAACGCUAGUGCUCGUGACACCCUCCUUGCUUUCCACGAGGAAACUACACCCGCUCGGUACACCCAUCGUAGCGACAGCAACACCCCCGCCGUUGCCGACCUCAUCGACGAAGCUUUGCGCUUGUACCCACCCACGCGUCACAUCUACCGCGUCGCCGACCGCCCCGCUCUCCUCAGCAAACUCCUUCCCACCUUCAUCAUAUCCACCCUUCACCUCCCCACGCACACCGCCCGCACCGAGGCCGCCGACAUCGAGGGUAUCCAGCGCUCCGCGGUCUGGGACGCGCCCGAAGUCUGGGACCCUAUACGGCACAGCCCAUCGCGUCGCACCGCAGAACAGGCGGCGACCAUGCUGGCCUUUGGGCACGGGCGGAACGCGUGUGUGGCGCGCACCUGGGCGCCGAUGGCCGCUGGGGUGCUGGUGGCUGCGGUCCUGCGUACUCUAGGCGAUCGUCGGUGGGAGAUUGAGCGGGGGGAGAAGAUGGGCGGGCGCGAGGGGUGGAGUGGGUGGUGGGUAAGGGCGGUGUGA